AUGAAAGACGUACAGAAACGCUGGUACAGACGUGGAUCUGACAGUAUUGUCAGCAAUAAAACUACUCUCUUCUUCAAAAGUGUUUCCUAUGCGGACACAGGAAGUUAUAUUUGUGUCAUCAAGUACCAGUCAUGUGAUACUAAUACAACCCAGAACGGAAGGAAAAAUCUGACAAAAACAGUUCAUCUAGACGUUCAAGGUGCACCACUUUUAAUUUUACCGGAUAGGCGGAAAUCAUUCCAUGUCGCCGAAGGGCAGUCUAUUCUGUUUAAUAUUACAAUAGCCAGUUCUCCCCCUCCUCUUCAAUCUCUUACCAUCGUAGAGUCUAACAACAGAAACCAACUUCAAUUUGAUGUUGAAUUCAACAGGACGGUUAUGUCGUUUUCUGAUGAUAUAGCGAUUUCUAAAGACGUGCCUGUGUACACAGCAUACAUACGUCUAAAUAACAUUACGUCUACCUGGACAGGGGAAUACAUUCUGUGCAUCAACAAUUCUUAUGGAUACGCUACCUAUGAGUUCUCCAUAAAAGUGUUCCGUCCAAAUAAAGUUUCAGUGUGGCAGUCUAGGGCCGUGGAGAUUGUAGGAGGUGGUAUAGGGGGGUUCAUAUUUCUGUUUCUAGUGGUCGGGAUCAUCUACAUGUGUCAAACACGAUACAAGCAAAAGGCCCUACAAGAAAAAAUCAAGGAAUUUGUUGAAGCUGAGAGAAAAGGAAGUAUGGAGAGUUUGGAAGUUUUGGGUCUUGGAAAAACAACUAAAGGGUUUGACAACUUCACCACCGAGGAAGAACAUGACCAUUUCCGCCAGCUUCAAAGUUUGAACACAUUCAACAAUCCAGAAGAAAACUGACAAGCAGUACUUUCCUGUACAUCUACAUGUACCAGCAUAUCCUUCCAAUGGGACAAAUCACAUUACUGUUGAGUUAGCCUUGAAAAUAAAUCAUCUUGGCACUAAAAUGGUUUCCAAAUUCACAGAUCAGUACCUUAAAACUUGGCAGAUUAACAUGGACAUAA